GACGCCAUAGCAUAGUUGCAGAACUCCCACGGGCCAGCGAGGACGUCUCCGUCGUCGCCUGCUCUAGUUCUGGACAGUACAAGUUCGUCGUCGUCUGCUGUAGUUCUGGACAGUACAAGUUCGUCGUCGUCUGCUGUAGUUCUGGACAGUACAAGUUCGUCGUCGUCUGCUGUACUUCUGGACAGUACAAGUUCGUCGUCGUCUGCUGUACUUCUGGACAGUACAAGUUCGUCGUCGUCUGCUGUACUUCUGGACAGUACAAGUUCGUCGUCGUCUGCUGUACUUCUGGACAGUACAAGUUCGUCGUCGUCUGCUGUACUUCUGGACAGUACAAGUUCGUCGUCGUCUGCUGUAGUCCUAGACAGUACAAGCUCGUCGUCGCCUGCUAUAGUCCUGGACAGUAAAAGUUCGUCGUCUGCUAUAGUCCUGGACAGUAAAAGUUCGUCGUCGCCUAUUGUAGUCCUGGACUAUAUAUAACGGACACAACUUCUUCAAGUGGAUCUUUGUAUCGAGUGUGACCACCACCACCAGUGACCACCACCACCAGUGACCAGUCACCACCAGUGACCACCACCACAGCCAUGAGUACUGUGCAAGCGGGGGGUGGAUGGUUCGAUGCCUUCCGCUGGAAGCCCUUCCCUACCCUGUACAGCGAACUCAAGACCCCAGUGACCGAAGACGUCCUGUACGUGGGUUGGCUUGUAGCCUUCCUCGUAGUGUUCGUCCCCUUCGUAGCCUUCGUCAUCCCUACCCUCAGUGGAUGGAGCUCGAAAUUCUCCGUGUUCGUUCGAGUUACUCUCAGUUUGUCUCUUGGAUUGGUGAUUAUGGUAUGCAACUUUGGGCAGGAGUGGGAGGUGGGGAGUGUGGAGACUGUCACCCCCUACCGUGCUGGCAGCGGUCAGGAGAUCCACGCAUCUGUUGGUGUUGGCCUCGGCCUCCGAUCUGUCAACGUUACUCUGAAAGCCCUGAGAGAACCAGAGGGUGACCUACGAGGCGAAACCAUUAACUACAACGAAAGGUUCUCCUGGGAAUGGGGUCAGGGCCGCGCCGGCUUCGGUCCCUUUGCCGGAGAGAUCCAGCGCAGUUUCCGGGCCGCUCAGUUCAAAGGGACACCGUUACCUAUCCUGUGGGUGGCCGAAUAUUUCACCUUCGACGGAGAAGGUAUCCGAUUUGGCCGGUACUAUCGGACGUCCGGUUGGUACGCCCACAUCUGUAUCUGGACAGCGUUCCCACUCUGGAUCCUGACGGUGAUUCUGUUCAAGUUGACGAUCAUCUACGCUUCUCAAACUCUGGCCCUCACCGGCGCCAUGUUGACCAUCGCCGCCUUGAUCUGGGCCGGCAACAGGAAUUUUAUAGAGCUGGAGGUACCGUUCUCGCCUCCACAGGGGGUCCUGAGGACUCACUAUGGCAUCCAUUGGUACCUGGCUCUCAUUGUUGGCUGUCUGUGCAUGGUCCUGGGGGCCAUCCUCUACCUCUUGGACCACAGGUACCACAACGAGCUCAGUGAGUUCUUCGGCAACAACCCCCUCAUGAUCGUUGAGCAGGAGACUACUGUGGAGACAAGUGACGAGCAUCCCUCCAAUGACGUAGAAAUGGAGAAUAUGGGCAGCACACCAUCGUCCAAGGGGAAGGUAGUGACGAUUCUUCGAGGACGAGGAACGACUAAGAAGUACAACAAGACGCUAAGUUAUUCUCCCGCCUUCGCCAACCCCGGCUUCGUUUCUACUCCAAGACUUGGUGGCGAGGCUGCUUCUGGUUACCAGGGCCAAGCCUAUGGCCAGACCCCUUCAAGGUACAAUUACGGCCAGCAGGACCAGCAAGCCCAGGGCUACCAACAGGACUACCCAGCUCAAGGCUACUCACAAGGCUACCAAGCUCAAGGCUAUCAAGACUAUCCUGAUCAAGGCUAUCAACAUCAGGACUACCCACAUCCCGCCCCCUAUCAAGGAGACGCUGUUAUUGACGAGGAGGAACCCCUCUAUAUGAACCCACUUGGCCCAGACGAGACGGCUGUGCCUCCGCCUCGCCCACCUAAAGCAGGCCAUCGCUACUGAGAUCUUACGGGCUUACCAUAGCCCGUGCUACAUGGACAUUUUGAUCUGAGUAGCUAAAUCUAAAGCAACAAUAACACUGAGACCACUCCUACCUAUUGCUGUCUCACCACCCACUGUUUGUCUUAGCUCAUAACUAUGUCUGUACUUCAGUCUUCAUUACUCGAAUGCCAUCUUAUUCCUUCCUAAUUCCUCCCACUGCACCUUUCCUCUAGCUUCCAUAUUGUGAGCUCAGACGCCUUCUCCACACACACACACACACACACACACACACACACACACACACACACACACCCUCCCUCCCUCCCUCCC